CAGCUUCAUGAGGAGCAAGUUCGUAUUUACUGUAAACUAAACUCAACUAAAAGGGAUCUUCUACCUCAUAAACCGUCCCUUGACCCUGAGCAGGAGGAUGGCUUCCCCGUCAGUUGGAGAGAGCCAGCUCCAGAGGAUUAUCAGAGACCUGCACGAUGCUGUGACGGAGCUCGGCAGGGAGCACAGGGAGGGUGGGGAGCCAGUAACUGAUGACAGCUCCAGCCUGCACAAGUUCUGCUACAAGCUGGAGUACCUGCUGCAAUUUGACCAGAAAGAAAAGGCCACUCUCCUAGGCACCAGGAAAGACUACUGGGAUUACUUCUGCCACUGCCUGGCCAAGAUAAAGGGCGCCAAUGACGGGAUCCGCUUCGUCAAGUCCAUCCCGGAGCUGAAGACAUCGCUAGGGAAAGGCAGGGCCUUCAUCCGCUACUCCCUGGCUCACCAGAGGCUGGCCGACACACUGCAGCAAUGCCUAAUGAACCAGCGCGUCACCAGUGAUUGGUACUACUCGCGUAGCCCGUUCCUGAAGCCCCAGCUAAACGUCGACAUCAUCAACCACCUGUACGAGCUCAACGAAAUCCAGUUUGACGUUGCGUCCAGAGGGCACGACUUAGACUCCGCCUGGCCAACGUUCGCCAGGAGGACUCUGGGAUUGGCCAGCCCACCUGGCCAGCCGUGGAAGACGCCCAGUCGUAGCUCCAGCAUCAACAGCCUUGCCAGCACCUUCUCCCAGGCGCCCGAGUUCCUCUCCAGCCCGGACUGCAGCCACGCCUUCCUGAGCGACCCGAGCGAGGCGCCCAGCGGCAGCGCGGCCGAGGACCUGCGCGUGGAGCUGGACCAAUCGGAGCUCAGGCAGCGGGAGCUGCAGGAGCGCCUGCGGGGGCAGGAGGAGGAGGCGGCCGAGCUGCGGGGCGUGGUCAAGGAGCUGCGCCGGCAGCUGGAGGACAGGCUGAGGGAGGCGGAGAGGGAGCGCGAGGAGAGGGCGGGGCUGGCGGAGAGACUGGGGGAGGAGGUGAGGCGCAAGGAGGCCGACCUGAGGGAGAGCGAGGCCAGGCUGGAGGCGCUAAGAGAGAGAGCUGCGCGGGAGAGCUCCGAGGCCCUCCGGCAGGCGGAGGAGCUGCAGGGCGCCAUCGGCAGGCUGCAGGGGGCGCUGUCGGGCAAGGAGAAGGAGUCCGGCGACCUGCAGGGGCAGCUGCAGGAGUUGCACAGCUCCCUGGAGGCCCGGGAGAGGCAGGCGGAGGAGCUGAAGAGGAGGACGCAGGAGGAGAAGGAGGAGCUCCUGCAGAGGUACAGUAGUCUGAAGGACUCCCUGGAGGGCCAGCUUCAGGACCUCACAGAGCAGCUCAGGGCCAAGGAGAAGGAGCUGUCCGCCAGCGCCAGGAGGGUGCAGGACCUGGAGAAGCAGGUGGAAAGCCUAGCAGGCGAGAGGGACGGCCUGAGGGGCAGCCUGGCCGAACUGGAGGGCAGCCUCAAGGAGCAGGCCGAGAAGACGGGGGAGUACAAGGCCCAGUGCGCCAGCCUGACGGAGCGCAACGGCAAGCUGCUGGAGACGGCCAAGAGGAACGAGGAGGCCAAGCGGGAGCUGGCGGAGAGCAGGGCGGCCCUGGAGGGCGAGCUGGCGGCCCUGCGGGCGUCGGAGAAGCAGCUGAGGGGCCAGCUGGAGGACGGCGCCGUCUCGCUGGACGAGCGGGAGAGGAAGCUGAGGGAGGAGAACCGGCGGCUGGACGAGAGCUUCCAGAAGGCCGCGCUGCAGAGGGAGGCCGCUGAGGGUGCGGCGAGGACGCUGGAGCGGGAGAGCGGGGAGCUCAGGGAGGAGCUGGUCGCUGCCAAGGCCGCCCUGGUGAUCACGCAGGACCAGCUGCAGGCAGCCAGUGGCCGGAUCCCCCAGCUGGAGAGGACGGAGGAGGACCUUCAGGCCCGGCUGCAGGAGGAGGCCGGGCGGUGCGCGGAGCUGCAGGGCCGGCUGGAGGCACUGGGGAUGGAGAAGGACGAGGCGGAGGCGGGGCUGAAGGAGACGCUGAGGCGGGAGGCGCAGGAAGCGGCGUCCCGGCUGUCGCUGGCGGAGGGCCAACUGGAGCUGAACGCGCGCGAGGUCUCCAGGCUGCAGGACGAGGUGGUGGAGCUGAGGGCCAAGCUGCGGGGCGCUGCGGAAACAGAGGGGAAGGCCCGGGCCCAGCUGGAGGUGGCGGAGGCCUCUCGGGAGGAGCUGAGGGCCCUGGCGGAGCAGCUGCAGGGCCAGCUGGAGGAGCUGAACCGCGGGCACGUGGAGGAGCUGCAGCGCUGCAAGCUGGAGGAGGAGGCGCUGGCGGCGGAGAGGGACGGCGAGGCCCGGGCCCGGGCCGACCUGGCCUCCGAGGCCGCCGGCCUCAGGGACGAGCUGGCCUCCCUCAAGCAGCACAACAAGAAGCUGGCGCUGGAGGUGGGCGAGGCCAGGGACGGCCUCCACCGGGCCAACACGGAGAUGGCCGAGCUGGGCAUCACCGUCUGUGCCCUGACCUCGGAGAAUGAGGAGGCGCGGCAGAAGUGGGCCAGCGUCUCCGCCCGACUGCAGGAGCUGGAGGAGGAGGGGGCCCGGGAGGUAGACCGGCUGACGGCCAGCAUGGAGGCCCUGCAGGAGGAGAACGCCGCCCUUCGGGGGGAGCUGGAGGAGGUGGAGAGCCUCCGGGCCACGGUCCAGGAGCUGCAGGGAAGGCUGGAGCGGGCCGAAACCGAGGCCCGCGAGGAGGUCACCGCCAUCAAGUUCCAGAUGAGCAGCGAGACCAUGAGCCACCAGAACCAGCUCCAGAGCCAGACUGAAGAGCUGGUGGGUGUGAGGGCGGAGCUGGAGGCGGAGCAUGAGAGGGCGAAGCUUCUGGAGGCCAAAGUGUGUGAGCUGGAGGCUGCUAACAGCGCAAGCUCUCAGCAGCUGCAGGAGAAAGGCCUCCACAUCUCUCAGUCUGAGGUGCAGUUGCAGAGCCUGAGAGAGAGCUUAGCCAGGAGGGAGGCGGAGCUGGCCGAGGCUCGGAGCGACAGCGAGGAGCUGCGCAGAUCGCUGGACAGAGCCGCGGCAGAGAAGCAGGCCUGCGACAUGAAGACCUCGGCCGAGAUCGACGACCUGUACCGCACCAAGAAGAACCUGGAGGAGAGGCUCAUCCAGCUCAUCAUGGAGAAGGACGCGCUGUGGCAGAAGUCUGACGCCCUGGAGUUCGAGCAGAAGCUGCGGGCGGAGGAGGUGAUGGAGCGCGACCCGGCGCACUGCGUCGGCUGCCAGAGCCAGUUCAGCUGGUGGCUGCGUCGGCACCAGUGCGGGCUGUGCGGAAGGGCGUUCUGCUACUACUGCUGCAGCCAGAGCGUGAGCGGCCAGGGCGUGAGGAAGGAACGCCGCUGCAGAGACUGCCACGCCCAGCACAGCGCCGCGACCGCCCGCCAUCCGCAGGGCGACGCCCCCGACGCGCCCGACACGCCCACCAGCCCGCUGUCACCCUGCAGACCCCCCCACAGCAGCCCGGGGAUAGGGUGGGUGGCCAAGCCGGACGACGGCGUCUUCGACAUCAUCACGGAGGAGGAGGUGAACGGCGUCUACGACACGGAGUCUCUGACCCGCAUGACAGGGGAGUGCCUCGGGGGGGAGCGAGACACCCAGCGGCAGGGGACACUGGAGCUGAGCACCAGCACCAGCACAGACGCAACCCCAGAUGACCCGGAGGAGCCGGCGGCUGUCGUGCAGGAUGCUGAGAUACACCUGCUGAAGUCAGGAGAACUCACGCUGACGGUCCCCCUGACGGCCGAGGAGAUUGCACAGUUCGGGGACGGCUCCCGGGAGCUCUUCAUCAAGUCCAGCUGCUACAGCCUGAUCCCCGUGACGGUGAGCGAGGCCGGGCACACCAUCAGCUGGGUCUUCUCCUCCGAGCCCAAGAGCAUCUCCUUCAGCGUGGUCUACAGGGAGACUCCCGACACUCCUCUGGAGCAAGCCAAGGUUCUGAUCCCGCUGACUCGCUGCAGCUCCCACAAGGAGACCAUCCAGGGCCAGCUGAAGGUCAGGAACGCUGGGACGUACACCCUGAUCUUCGACAACUCUUUCUCCAGGUUCAUCUCGAAGAAAGUUCUCUACCGUUUGACGGUCGAGAAGCCCGUAAUCUACGAUGGAAGUGAUAUUUCAUAAGCAGGACGUUUUCUCCUUCCUGCCCGUUUUCCUCCUAUCCUCCCCCCUCCCUUAGCCCCCCCCCCCUUCCGACCAGAGCGGUGGUUCACCUUAUCCGAAAAUUGGAGAAGUGAAAAAGGGAACAGGCCGGCUUGGUGCAGAUGCAAAAUUCUCAGGCACUAUGGCGUUAUGCGUUAUAAAAUGCACUGCGUACGCCGUUGCUUGUCUGCCCUGCUCUCGAUGCUCGAGGCGAUACCUGAAGUUGACGGGACGUGUCACUGCCCGGUGCCAGGUUUCCAUCUCGUUAUCUGUCCACCUCAGACAAAAGAAAACCAAAAUGAAUCAGGCGGAAGAGAAGUGGGAGGGGGAAUUGAAUAGUUAUGAACUCUAACAUAGCUGGAAAACAUGCUGUUGGGAAAAUGCUGUUGCAUGUAGCGUUAACCCGGAAACUAUGCACUACAAAAGAAUACCCACUGGUACCUAUUCAACGUUUACAUUCAUGCUGAUAAUCUCCCUUAAAGGGAGAGAGUGAAGAAAAUCUACAAUAAGGGGAAGAUAAAACUAGUGCACGCUGGAGCACGCUCGCUGGUGUUCACACGCACGUAGCACAGUGUCAGAGUGUGCAGAGCCGUGUCAAGCUACGUGACUGAGUGCUGGGAAACUUAAGCUAGAUGGGUUUGUGGGAUGUUGCAUGAGUACAGCGUCUCUGCUUAGAAGUCAUUCAGGAAACUGGGGGCUGAUAAAAAAAAGUCAUGUGAAGACUUGUACAGCCACACAGCAAUGGAGUAAGGGAAUUGCGUAAUCAGAGUUUUUUUUUUUCCUUUAUCUGUAAACUGCAAUUUACAAAACUACCUGUGAAUUGGGCUGACAGUGAAAUACGUGCAAGCACAACAGCCACUUCAGCUCUGGGCCGUGUUAAAUCCAGCCUGCCCUCUUGCUGGAAGUUACAUGACCUAGUGCUGUUGACUGUUGCAGUUUGUACAUAGAGCCAGUUGGCUGUCAGCAAGUGAAGAGAGAUCUAGUUGUGUCAGGUGUGGAAUUUGUUUAUUUUUCAGUGGGUCAAAGUCUUGAUCAAAUUCACUGUAGAGACCUCCUCAGUAGCAUUAUGACCACGGAUGUCUGUUACAAUAUUGAAAUGGCGGGAGCUAUGAUGUUACAUUACCAU